AACACCCCAACAACACCCUACACCCAACAUCUAGCACAACACCCCAACCCCCAACCCAACAAACCAACUUUCAACAACCACCCCAAUCAACGCCAACACGCCCGCUUCUACCGGAAAAUGCCACUCGCCGUUCGUAACGAAUCGGCAGGAAUCGAUGUCCUCUGUACUUAUGCAAUUGGUACUACAGUACCGUCAAACUUUAUUGUUGUAUUACUCGGUGAUUUGCUUUAGCGUUCCUAUACAUACUUUGCACUCAUGUCUGUGGUUUUGUAUUGUUUCUUGUAACUUUCUGACCCCAUGCUCCCCCCUUUACUGGACAAUUUGUAACAAAAAAGAGCUUAUUAGCUCAUCGGAUUUCUCCAGAACAAAUAGAGACGACAAACUCAGACAAGCCACGCAUCUUCUGGAAGACACCCACUCUUCCAGAAGAUUCUUCUGGAAACCCGUGAAAUGGCAAUCGAACGGGCAGUAGCAUCUUCCGGAAGGUUAUUUUCAACGAAAGCGUCAAUCGAACGGGCAGUAGCAUCUUCCGGAAGACGAAGACCCUUCUUCUUCCGGAAGAUAUCUUCCGGAAGAUCGGCAGAAGUGAAGAUGGGCAGAGGCGCCCGGUGAUGGCGGAGCCCUCAAAGCGGCGCUGUGAAGGAAUGCGGCCGAGUUGAGCGAGCGCGGAGAACCCCGCGGAUCUCCUCCAUCAAACCCCCGGCUUCUUCCAGGGCCCACGGCGAGUCCCAAACUUCUUCCAUCGAGAGCCGGCUCCAAGAUGGCUUCGGGGGCGGUGAGCAUGGCCUGUUACGCCGGCGAGGUCCCAGCGGCGUCGUCCACCGAGUGCGGCACCAGUGAGGGGCCCCUGAUGGCCGAGCUGAAGACGGUGGCGGAACUGGCGCUGAUGUCGGAUGUCGACAUGAGUUACGACGAUGACGAUGAUGACAACGAUGAUGGUGGCAGUGGCGGCGUAAGGGGAAGAGGUCUCAUGAAGCCCCUUUCGGAUGAUGAUGACGAUGACAACGGCAUGAGCCUGCGGCUGCCCGACCGCUUCGCCCAAGAGCUCUCAAAACUCGAAGCAGCUGCAGUGGCGGCUGCAGCCGCAUCAGCCGCGUCAGCGGAGGCGGCCGCGGCUGCGGCAGCAGCAGCGGAAGCAGCGGCGGCGGGGCCGGUGCCGGCCGCGAUGAAACUGGAAGAGGGCGCGCGCAGUGCUGUUGGUUACUUCCGCAAAAUCACGGCCACCCCUGUUCCUUCUCGGCCACCAAUGUUGGUGCAGGAACCGCUGACGGCCGUAGAGCCUUGCGUGCCGCGGGCAGGUGAGGAGCAGGCUUUGACUGGAGAGUCUGGGCUGCCCGUGGGUGGUGCGGCGGUGGCGGCAGCGGUGGUGGUGACGGCGGUGGAGAAGGAGGAGGACGAGGCGGUGGUGGGGAGCGGUGGUGAGGCGAGGUCCAGGGGUUCCCGGCGCCCGAAGAGCUUCUUCUGCCGUCCCUGUCAGUUCACGACGACCUCCGAGGCGGAGUUCCGACAUCACAUCAGCUCCCACGGAGCCAAAAAAUACCUGCUGGAGCAGCAGGGUGAGACGAACGUGCGCACGCAAGCGCACACGGCCGCGGGUGGUCCCAUUCGCUGCGAGAAGUGCGGCUAUAACACGAAUCGCUACGACCAUUACCUAGCGCACCUCAAGCACCACGAGCGCGUUGCCGGCGCAGCGCUGCCGCCGAGCCCGGUGGUGCCACCCCUUCGCCAACCCAAUGAACCGCGCCCCAGUGAGAACCGGGAGAACCGCUCGGCGGUGGCGGCGCCGGUUCUCGCACCAGCUUCGGCACCGGUAGUUGAAGGAGGAGCGACGGUGCAGAGCAGCGAGCGAGUUUUCCGCUGCGUCCUGUGCUUGUACAGCACGGUGAGCGAGUACCACUGGAAGAAACACCUGCGCAACCACUUCCCGCGCAAAGUGUACACCUGCGGGUCCUGCUGCUACUACUCGGACCGCAAGAACAACUACCUCCAGCACCUGCGCACACACACAGGUGAAAGGCCCUACCAGUGUCCACACUGCAGCUACUCGAGCUCACAGAAGACUCACCUCACCCGCCAUAUGCGCAUACACUCGGGCGAGAAGCCUUUCCACUGCGACCGGUGCACCUACGUCGCGUCCAAUCAGCACGAAGUGACGCGUCACCUGAGACAGGUCCACUCGGACGGGCCCAAACCACUGGUGUGCGGCGAGUGCGGCUACCGCACGGCCGACCGCAGCAACUACAAGAAGCACGUAUUGCUGCACACGUCUCCACGGCGCUUCCCCUGUCCCGCGUGCUCCUACGCCGCCUCCAAGAAGUGCAACCUCACCUACCACCUGCACUCCAAGCACCCCACCUACACUGGCACUGCUACCACCGCUGCCACCAUGGCAGCCACCACCACCACAGUCGUGACCGCGGCUCGGCAGCAGCAGCCGCCACCGCCGAUGGUUUCACCGGCACCUCCGGCAUUGUCGUCGUCAGCGACAAGCGUGAAGGUGGAGGGAGCGUCGAGCAAGCGGUCCGUUGUGUGCGGUAAAUCGGACACCGGCAGCGGUGGCGGCUGUUGCACCGCAAAAGUAAAUGGCGUUAAGAGGGAGGGUAGGGGCAGAAAACGGCAGGGAGGGGCAGUGGCGGCAGCAGUCGCGGCUCGUGGUAGGGCUGGUGGGCCGCCGGGGGUGAUGGGGCCGGCUAAGGAGACCCCGGAGAAGAAAGUGAAGUGCGAGGAGAAAGCGACAGCGGUGGGGAGGGAGGCAUCGCAGCCGGCGCUGCCCUCUCCGUCAUCACCGCGGCCUCCUCCAGCUAUGAUGGAGGAAGCGGGUGCAGAGCUGGAGUGCGAGGAGGUGACGUCGUCCAUUGUGAAGGCCGCGAAGAGGAGGGGUAGGCGGCCCAGCCUCAAGAUGGCCGCCCUCGCAAUGGAGGCUGAGGCGCCUGUCGGGCGGAGUCGGCGUCGGGGCAGGAAGAGGAAGAGCAAGGAAGAGGAGCAGAAGGGCGAUGAUGAGGGUGUCAAAAAGCUCCGCAAUGAGAGCGAGCAUGUCAAAGGGGUUGUUGGGAAAAAUGCGAAAAAGCUCAAAGCGACCGUCAGGAAGAAGGCGGAAUCAGUGGUGAUGGAGAACCGUGGGGGAGGUUACAGCCGGAAGAAGCAGCAGAGGAAUAGCGAGAAGAUCGAGGCGGUGCCUCCCACACGCAAGCGCAAGACGACUUCUGGUGGUGACGAUACAAACGAGGUGAACGGCCGAGAGGGUGCCACCACAGCAGCGUGCCCUCCGAGUCGAAGGAGAGGCCGCAGAAGCAAGGCCAAUGUUGUGGUGAUGCUGGCAGCAGAUGAGGAAGGGGAAGCAGCAUCGUGUGAGAGAGCGAGUGAGCCACCGUUGCCACCAUCAUCAACAUCACCGCCGCUCACGCAGGAAGCAAUACUAGCAGCAGGAGUUAUUAAACAGGAAGUGACGCCACCAGUUUUACCGAUACCUUUGAAAAACCAGGAAGUGAAUGACAGCACGGGAGCGGUGACGUUGCUGGUGAAACAGGCGGAGGAAGUAACGUUUCUGACAAACCCCACGCAGGAAGUGACGUCCCUAGUGCAGUGCACGCAGGAAGCGACGUCACCCGUGAAGCAAGUGCCGGAAGUGGAGCUGCCGGUUCCAAAAUCACAGCCGGAAGUGCCCCACCCGCCUGCGCUUUCACCGCUGCGACAUCAGCCGCCGUACUUCUCGCUGAAGCCGGAGGCGACGACUUCGGUUGCAAGUGGGAAGCAAACGAGGGCAGCACAGAGACGCCGCCUCUCAGAUAAGCCGCAGGCGUUUUCCGGCAAGCGCAGCCAAUCGCCGCCGGCGCUUUGCAUGCACGAUGAGGAGGGGUCGCUGCAGUCGACUUUGAAACCAGCAGAUGCCGUCACCUCCAGCCGCCCCCGCAGGGUCCCAGCGAAGCGUGCGCCCAAACGAAAAAUCAAUGGUGGCCGCAAAUCCGUUGCCAAGUCUUGGGCUAGAAAUUGCGGCCCAGUGGAGUCCCCGGAUUCAAAGCCACAGCCAGCUAGCUGUGAGGGAGCUGUGGCAGCGACGGCGGCGGUGGUUGUAGUCACGGCGAGAGCCGAGGAGAUGCCAGCAGCGGGCUCCCCACCCGCGCCAUCACCUCCAAUUUCCGGUGCGCGCUCACACUUAGCGACCUGCGCCGGCCCGAGCGGUGCUGCCGGAGUCGGCUUCCUGUGCCGAUUUGCACCGGAGCCUAACAGCGGCAGAACCGGCUGGAAUCAACCGGGCAGCGACGAGGACCGGGGGGGGCCUCGCAUGAGCGACGCCUUCGCUCGCGCCCUGCAGCUGCAGAGGGUCGACCACCGCCAACAGCUACAGCAGCAGCAACAGCACCUGCAUCGCCUGUACCACCUACGCAGCUACUUGGUCCGGCGGGAGCGCAGCUACGUCCACAGCAGCGGUGCCUUCGACGGCGCAAGCUGGUUGAAGGUCGGCACGGAGUUGUGCGGCGCCCGACAGUGCCGGGAGGCUGUUGCAGCAGUGGCAACGGCGCCUCCCUCUACACCGAGCGAUGACGGCAUGGAGUCGCCGCUCUCCCUGGACUCGGACGGCCCAUUUACACGACACGAUUACAGCACCGCCCACCAGCAGCAGGAGGGGCGGCCGCGCACCAGCGGAGACGAGGGGCGUGGGGAGAUGGACGAGGACGAGGGGAUCCACAGCCACGAUGGAAGGUCAUCGCCCGAGCGCUGCUUUGACGAUGACGAGAAGGAGAGGACGGGAGAGGAAGAAGAAGCGCGAGCGAGGAGGAAGAGCGAGCGGCGGCGCUGCCGGCGCCGGCGCCAGGCGUUUGAGCAGAAGCCGGAUCUGGGAGGAGUCUGCAAUGUGACGCCAAUCAUAUCUCAACUGACGACGGAGGUUGUGCCGAUACCACCACCACCACCACCAGCGGCGCUGCCACUGCCGCCGGAGCCGCUGCAGAAGGGGCCGAUGCUGCCGCUACCUUGGCUGAGGCCGUCGCCUGGGCGGUCUCCUGUGACCCCCAGGGGGCCCGUGCCACCGCCGCCGCUACAGACACGGGGAAUGUGCGUGUUCUGCGACCGGCAUUGUCACGGUGACGCCGACUACACGUUCCGCCUGCGGCGAAACCUGGUGAACGUGUACUACCUGGAGCGCGAAACGGCUGGGCAGAAUGUCAGCAAUGGAGACGUAGAGGGAGAUGGCGGACACUGCGCAGGGCACCAUGUGGGGCAGGGAAUGAAACGUGCCGGAGAGGGAGACGGGGAGAGAGAAGGGGAGAAAAUUGCGAAGAAUGACGGAGAGACAGGUGGGAAGGAAGAUGGGGAGAGAGAUGAGGGGAAUAAUGGAGGGAGAGAUCGGAAGAAAAUAAGGGAGAAAGACAGGGAGAAGAUCACAGAUGACGCUGGAGGGAAAGACACCGAAUUGGAGAGGGUGACGGGGGAUGCAAAUGGGAAAGAGGACGUGGUCAGCCAACAGUGUGGGCAUCAAAAGAGGACGAAGGAACAGUCCACACAGACCGUGUUGUCUCGAGAAGACGACACACAGACCGACGUACCUCGGGAACAGGAUGCGAAGGCCGACGCACCCAGAGAGUGGUGUGCACAACAAGAUGAUGCAUCACCUAAAGAUCGAGACGUGCGGAGUGACUCGUCCAGGGAGCCCGACGCACACGCCGACGCGUACAGAGAUCAGGACACGCAGACCUACAUAUUGCGAGAGCAAUACACACAGACCGACGCUUGCAGAGCACCGGGCACACAGGCCCGUGGAGCGAGAGAGCAGGAGACACAGACUGACCUGGCUGUGGAGACGAGUUGAGACACGCUGAGGCCCGCAGGGCGGGGGGGCCAGGGAGAAAGGGGGGGCAUCGUGAUGUUGGGGGCCCCAUCCCCACCCCCUGUGAUGUUGGCAGCGAAGGUGCUUUGACAGUGGUGUGCACCGGACCUGCUCCUGCCGAUGUUGCCACACAGUCUUUUUGGUCCCACACCUGAACUAGUGCCUACCAGUGACUACCAGUUGGUGCUUGCCAGGUAGUGCCUCCCUUGGUCUACCAGCCAGUGUCUAUCAGCCAAAGCCUACAAGUUUCUGCAAGUUUCUGCCAGCAAGGGGCUACGAAUUAACGCUUAUCAGUGCCAACUAGCUAGUGCCUUAGAGUUCUACCAGCCAGUGCCUACCAAUGCCUACAAGUGUUGUCCACCAAUCAAUGCUUACCAGUAUUUACCAAUGCCUACGAGCCAGUGGAUACCAGCUCUGCCCGCCAAUGGAAACUGGCCUCCCGUUCUUUCGCCUUAACCCGGAAGCAGUGUUGCCAGAUGAGAGAUGAGUUCCUCUGAAUCGGAGAGCUUCAGUGAACCCACAGCACGUGGGUCUGUCCGUGACCUCCUGCUAGCGAGCCUUCGACGCUUCACAUGGCCUAAAAGUGCACGUAGCCAGGCACAAGCGCCGGUAAUGUCACCGCCGCUUCGUGGCAAAUGGCUGCAGCUGUUACCCACAAUAGGGUGUUGAUAAGAUACUGAGUUGAAUUAAUUAUAAUGGUGAUGACGAGGCUUUAGUCUGGGUUCUUUAAACGCUCGCCUCACUUGACAAUCGUAGAUUCUUAGUUGCGGGAUGUUUACUGGACAGAUGUCGAUGACAUCUGUGAAAAAGAGCUUUAUAGCUCUGUGGAUUCCUCCAGUAUGAAUAUUCUGAUUCUGUUUUGUAUUUAAAGGACAAACGCUGGUGUGUUUGGGGGUUUUAUCUGAAGUCUUCCCAAGUGCCUUACCCCCGGUGUUAUGUUACCUGUACAAGUGUUUUUAUCCGUGUUACCCAUGCACACGUGUAGUUACCAGUGGUGUAACAGGUGGCGCGUAACGUGUGGACAUGCGCGGUGUUACCCACCUUACACGAUCAUUGUUAUCCGUGUCAGCUUUUUUCUUGUAUGCGUGUAUACACGUAACACGUAUUAUGUUGUCUUUCUGUCUACCAGCGCAUUUCCCCAGUGGCUUCAUAUCAACCUUUAGCCUUCAGUCGCCAUUUCUUCUUGAAGUGGUAUGGAAUGUUGAGAGAAAGAGGCUGUGCAAUUGUAUAAUUUUAAAAGCCCCAUUUGUGUUUUUUUCCCAUGUUAAUCGCAAGUACCAAAGAGUAGUAGUGAGUGUGGGUUGAUAUCGGUGUAGAGCUGUGCUUUCGAGUGAAACAAUAGUUUGGAGGUCACUCAAUUUUAAGAUUCGGGAGAAUUUUGGUCUUGAGACUCAAGUGUCCCCGUCUCUACGGGGUGGUGAGACUUGGGACCACAGGGUGUUAAGAAUCGAUAUUUAGCUCAAGGAAAUCAGUUUGUAAACACGAUCUUGAGUCGAGUAUCUCAAUUCAGAAAAAAGUGUCACGGUCAGUCUUCAAUAGAAUAUCGUGUUCCCCGUAAGACCGGGUCACUGGAUCUACUUUGCCAAAUUUGAGCGCUUGACAGAUUUGGUGACAUUGAGCGAUACUCACACAAGCCAACGACCCUUCGGCGUUAAUCCCAUGAUCCUGUCUGCCGAGUAAAGAAAAUGUUGCUCAGAUGAAUGUGUGAUUCCAUUAUGGGAUUCCAGAGGUCAGUUAUAUGAAACGUGUCCAGUGAUAUUUCCCCUCGGUUUGCAAUGUAUAUCGACGUGAAGCAAGCGAGGAUUUCCCCUUCAGGAAUUUUAUGCAACUCGUCACAGGAUUCUGCGAGUGCCAAUUGUCACCCCCAUUACAUUUCCCAUGGCUUUCACAGAGGACGACACACGCAGUUUUGAACUCUCCAUGGACAAUUCCGGUUUAGAGCCUGUAACGAUUCAGUCGUGAUUUUUAAUGAGUUAUCCUGUUGUGUGGUCAUGAAUUUGUCUCAAAGGUCUAUAUUUUUACGUUGUAGUCCAUGCAGAGUCGAUAAUGGAAUCGAGAGGUUCUUUAUUGGUGUAGCCGUGUUAAUCCAUGGGGGGAGCUGUGAAUAUGUAGAAUCUAAAGUUGCACAACUGUUGAAUCUGCAGUGGGAGGGUGUG